CAGUCCUCCAGGAGAGAGGGAAGAAGACGAGGAGAGAGACAGAGGAGGAGGAGGAGCAGAGCAGAGGAAGGCGAGUGUGUUCUUAUCAUUCUUUUUAGGGGGUAGGAGGUGUUUGCAGGUACCAGAAGAGCAAAAGGAGAACAUUUAGGAACAUGUAUGCUGCACACUGACCCUCAUUUGCAGGAAAUAUGUUGACUCUGCCAUUCGAGGACACGCACAUGACGUGCGAGCCACGCUUCGGUGCCAGUUACCCACGUGAAGUUCCCCCAGAGGGCGGCCAGGAGCAGCGGGAGCGUCCCAUACACGACGACGACUUGCCCUGCAGGUCCGCCGGGGACGACGCCUCGGACCGCGGCGAGGAGGACGAGCGAGAGGACGACCAGGACGAGAACGAACUCCAUAAGAAGCGAGGCCCCCGGAAAAAGAAGGUGGCCAAGGAGCAACACGACCGCUCCAGGCUUCGGAGGCAAGAGGCCAACGCCCGGGAGAGGAGCCGCAUGCACGGCCUGAACGCCGCGCUGGAGAGCCUCCGUAAAGUGGUGCCCUGCUACUCCAAGACUCAAAAACUGUCCAAAAUCGAGACCCUGAGGCUGGCUAAGAACUACAUCUGGGCCCUAUCGGAGACCCUGAGUGCCGGGAAGAGACCGGACCUGCUGGCCUUCGUGCAGACCCUUUGCAAAGGAUUAUCCCAGCCCACCACCAACCUGGUGGCGGGCUGCCUGCAACUCAACGCCAGGAACUUCCUCACAGACCACAACGGGGAGGUCAUGUUCUCCGGGAGGCCGCCCUACGACCCAGUGUACUCCUCCUACCCGGACGUGAGCACGCCCGCAGGGCACAGCGGCGGUUCGGGCGGCUUGGACGGAUCUUCCAAGCCCUACCGCCACUACGGCUACGGCGGCGCCUACGAGCCCUUCCUGUACGAGAAUCCGUCCCCGGAGGCUGGGAGUCCGCAUUUUGAGAGCCAGCUGAGUCCUCCUGUGAAUUUAAAUGGGAUUUUCUCCCUGAAGCACGACGAGCCGCCGGACUACGGUAAAGGGGGGCACUACGGGGUGCGCUACUGCGGGGCUCCAGGACGCUCGGCCCUGGCGCACGGCUCCAUGUACAGGGUGGCCCCGGAAGGCCGCUACCCGUACGACCUGCACGUUCGCAGUCAAUCCUUCCAAGCACAGGGGGAGCUCAAUACUUCCUUCCAUACUUAACUUGUCUGGAGAUGCAUAAACUCACAUUUCUAAACAUUUCUCGUUUCUUUUUCCCUUCUGAGCUCCACAACAGUCUGCACUUUAGAUGAGAAGAUUGGACUUGAUUUCUCCCCACUGAAGCACAACAAGACUUUAAAUUUAAGUGUUCGUUUGAAGUCAAUUAAAUCCACAUUUUAAGCAGCUUCCCACUUGGAUUGCCACACAACAAUUCGUUAUGUUUGAUUUGGGAUUACAUUCAAUUGAAACAAAUAAUUUGGAGAUUGGCGUGAGCAAUAAAGGCAAAUUAAAGCUAUGCAAGGCAGCCUCGUGCAAUCAUAGUCAUUACAUAAAAAAUAUUCAAUAAUACAAACUAAAUCGGUUCUGUGGGGGUAUUGAUAUUUUACAAGAAAAUGUAUGUGUGUGCAGUAAAUAGUGUUUUAAUCAGGUGAAUGUAAAUGAUUAUUAUGAUGGAUUUAUUUAUUCAUUGAUUAUGACUUAAGUUAUUGGGCAGUGGAUAAUAAAUGAGACAUUAUUGUACACUUCAACGUGUGAAAGAUUGUUUGACUAAGUUGAUACUGUUCAUGAUUGACAAGCAGACAAGAUUUAUUCUGUGUAACAUGCCUUAAAAAGGGGGAACCACCACCAUCAUUAAUAUGCAAUGACGUGUGUUUUGUUGGAAUUUUUUAACGAAUUCUGUCUAUAUAUAUAUGUGUAUAUGUGUAUAUACAUUUUCUUUUGUUUUGU